CGUCGCUUGAAAUUUGAUAUGUCUAGCAAAAUCCAGAUCAUUCCUGACAAUCGUCAGGGACAACUCAAUACUGCUUAUCUAGCCACUAUUCCUGGUGUAUUGAAAGUUGCCGAGAUUGCUCUGUCGUUUAUAUCAUUCAUUUUGGCAAUCUGUGCGGAUCGAAAUGCCACUACGGCUGCCUGGACUGAACAUAUAUCUUUCGCAGCUACACUUAUUAUUUCCGGUCUAAUGAUAGGAUAUGUCUGCUUUCCGCAUGUAACAAUUAAGAAGGAACCAACUAGAGAAGGACUUAUAAUCGCGGAACUUAUUUUUUAUGGCAUGGCAACUCUGCUUUUCUUCAUAGCAAUAUGGCUUAUGGUGCACCUUUCCGCCAGUUGGCUUACUUAUGGACGUGGUUCUGCUAUUAUUGAUGCGAUAAUCUGCGUGGCAUUAACCAUACUCUUUGGUACAGAAACAUUUAUUAAACUAAAAGCGUGGAGAGGUGAAAAUGAAUCCACAUCCCACAUCAUUCAAACAUCUAGGCCAAUAACCGAGCAAGGAAAACAUUACGAUGCAAAUGCAGAGCUGCGCAGAUCUCAGGAAUCUGAACUGGCUUAA